UGCAGGGGAGCCACCUGGACUGCGAGGCCAAGCAAUGGCGGUUCGUGGCGGAUCUCCUCAAUGACGUCGCCCUGGUGCUGGAAAUCCUCGCUCCCCAUUGGCUGAGCCUUGGCCCCGCCCUCCUGGUCAUGGCGGCCGCGGCCAGGUGCGUGGUGGGCGUGGCCGGCGGCGCCACCAGGGCGGCCUUGGCCGUGCACCAGGCCCGGAGGGACAACGUGGCCGACGUGGCCGCCAAGGACAGCAGCCAGGAGACGCUGGUGAACGGGGCGGGGCUGCUGCUGUCGCUGUUGCUCCUCCCACUCUUGGACGGUCGGCCAUGCCUCACCUGGGCCACCCUGGUUCUCCUCAUGGCCGCUCACCUGGGCGCCAACCUGGCCGCCAUCGGCUCCCUCACCUUGACCUCCCUGAACCGGCCCCGCCUCCGCCUCGCCAUUGGCUGGGCCCUGCGAGGGGGCGGGGCUAGAGGGGAGAGGGGCGUGGCCCGGCCAGGAGUGGGCGGGGUCGAGCUGGAGGUGCCGACGCCCGAGCAGGUGAACCCCAGGGAGCCGCUGCUGCCAGGGUUCGGGUCCCGCCUGCGGCUGCACCUGGGGGCGCCCCUGGAGCUGCUGCUGAGCAGCGAGGCCGAGCUGCGGAAAGCUCUGGAAUGCGGGAGCCCCGAUUACAUCAUCGUGCUCCGCCCCUCCCAAGGCUGGGUGGGGGUGGGGCUGCGCCGCGGGGCGCCCCGAAGCCGCAAUCCUGGCCUGUGCCCAGGCCCUGAUCCUGGAGCAGCUCCUGGGACCCGACCUGGAGGCGGCGACGCCGCUGGGACGGAAAUUGGAGCCGCUGCAGAAAAAACUCCGGAGCUGCCCGCCGGGCGCCGUUCCCUGGGGGGUCCUGGCCGAGACCUCGCGGCUCUUCCGGGACCUCGGCCCCGCCCUCCUGCGAG